AUGGUGGCACAGGAACAUCCAAAUGGAUCUGUUGUCUACACUUCGACUAUCAGUGAGAAGAAGGAAUACUCUGUCCACAACUGUGGAAAGGUGCAAGGUUAUGAACAUUACAGCAAUGAGCUGAUGAAGGAUUUCAACACUACCGGUUCACCAGCCUCCAAGGAAAUAUCAAUGGACAAGAGUCCAAUCAUGGAGUCAUCAAAAUGCGACGCCGAUGCCUGUGACAAUCUCGAGGUCAAGAGUCCAAUGAUGGAGGAGAAGAAGAUGGACUCCUCACCCCAACAAGAGAAGAAGAAGUCCAAGAAGAAGAAGGGAAAGAAGGGCAAGAAGGCCGCCGCACCCGCUGUCCAGCAGCAACCUGCCAAGACCCAACAGCUUAAGGAGAUCCAUGUCAACCCCAACGUUGGCAAGGAGCAGUUCUUCACUGGCAUGCAAAAGUACGCCACUGCCGACCAAGCCAACUUGCCAGCCCAAUAA